UUUGAACUUUGAAGUAUGUACCGUGCUGAAUAAUCUGCCUUCGCUGCUUGUUGAAUACCUUCCGUGUUGAGUUCCUGUAAUUGUUGGUCUGUUUCGCUGACGGAGCCGUUAAUAAUACUCGAUGUACAGUGUUAGUACUAAUUUCGAUCCGUACAUGUCGCGAACGUCAAGAACAUCGAAUGCCACACACGUGGAGCGCGAACCAGAUACUUCCGGCAUCCGGCAAUCCUUGAAGGCUGCGUUAAUCAGCGGGGAUUUGAGUGAUGUGCAGUUGGCCGUCGGGCGCGACUACGGCCCCGUUAAAACCUUUUCAGCGCACAAGAAUAUUCUGAGCAUACGCAGUCCGGUUUUUCGGGCCAUGUUCUAUGGCAGCCUGCCAGAGUCUUGUGAUCGUCCAAUUGAGGUUCCCGAUGUCCAUCCCACAGCCUUUGCUAAUAUGCUCAGCUAUUUGUACGCUGACCGCGUUGACCUGAACAACGAGAGCGUGGUGCCAACCCUGUACUGCGCCGACAGAUACGAUAUACCGUUGCUGGUCGAUAUCUGCUCCCAGUAUGUGUUAAGCGACCUCGAUGAGGAGAGCUGCCUAAUGUAUCUCGAUAUGACGAUUAACUGGCAUGCCGGCACCUUCGUGGAGCCAUGCUUAAUGGUGAUCGACGCGCACACCGAAAGUGUUCUCCUUUCCAAACAAUUCAGCCAGCUCGAGAAGAAUACACUGGAGUUAAUUUUGCAGCGCAGCACACUACAGGCAAUGGAAAACGACAUUUACAAGGCAGUGGAAAAGUGGGCGACAGCUUGCUGCGUCCGUAGCAAAGAGGAGCCGACGGCUACCAACCGGCGUCGAGUACUUGGGGAACUACUCUCCCUCGUACGAUUUCCGCUUAUGAGCGAUCAAGAGCUGCUGGACGGACCCGCUGCGAGUGGACUAUUGCUGCCAGCCGAAUUGUGGGACAUUUACCGGUACAGACACGCUGCAACACCACCAGAGAUACCGUUUUCAGCGCAGCCAAGGGAAAGUCUAAAUCGUAUUAUGAUGUUGCAUUUGCCGGAUGAAAUAAUUCAAGGUCCAGCAAUGGUCGAGCAGCGUCUGCUGGGGCUCGUAACGAUCGUGCUGCGACGUGGAGAUGAUCGGGGCCUAGGAUUCACCAUUUCUGGAGGAUACGAAUCGGGCAGUAAAGCUAAGCCCAUCGUUGUGGAAAAAAUCCCAGCCGGAGGACAAGCCUAUCAAGAUGGUCGUUUGCAGCACGGCGAUCGCAUUAUUCGGGUGAACGGAGAGAGCUUACUAGCGGCUACCCAUAACGACGCGGUCAGUGUAAUCCGCAAAGCCGGAAACUUUCUGGUCCUGGACAUUCUCCGUGAAAAGCUUUUGGGUUCUAAUCAGCAUUAAUUCCUUCGCCAAUCCCAGUGAAUUCUUGGAACUCUGGCUUUUAUGAUUCAUAAACUACUUGUCAAAUUUAAUUUGGUUUUAAUUUCUCCACACCUGUUGAAUGAAAUGAA